AUGGACGUGGAUAUUGAAGAUAUUUUAGCAGAAUUGAAUACAGACUCUACUGCGGUAGACUAUUCAGGUAAUCCCUUAAGUGACGGUAUUAGUACUAACGCAUCCACUCUAUAUAAUAACACUUCAUCUUCAUUUCCUAUAGCAGACGGUAAACAUGCGACACCCUCUGAUAAAUUAAAUCACAUACGAUCAAAUACGUCACCUUCAAUCUCCGCAGAACACGAUUAUUCAAGUUUCAUAACGCUUUGGAGAAAUGAACGUUGUGCUCCUGAAUUAUUACCUUACCCUCAUCAUUUGAUGACUAGGAUGAUUAUGAGAAUUCAAGAUCAAUUAGAAAGAUUGGAAAUUAUCUCAAUGGAUUUUAUGGGUCAAUCCUCUACCACCACCACCACCACAACGAAUAAACCGGUUAAUAAUAAUAAUAUGCUACCUUUACUAUGUAUGGAAGCAGAAUUAGAAAGAAUAAAAUUUGUAAUUAGAAGUUACAUUCGUUGUAGAUUAUCGAAAAUUGAUAAAUUUAGUCUUUAUUUAAGACAAAUAAAUGAACAAAGAGAAGAAGACCACGACGACCAAGAUAAUGAUUCACUGAUGCCUUUGGAACAUAUAUUGUCUAAGGAUGAAAUGGUAUAUUAUCAACGACAUUCAGAAAUGAUUUUGAAAUUGUUUAAUGAGACAACUUUAAAACAUUUACCACCAGAAUUACAAGCAAUUAAUGAUACGACAGGAACAAUUUCCAUGAUUGAUGAACCAGAUUGGAAUAAAUUUGUAUUUAUAAAAGUAACAGGACCUACAGAUAAAUCUUUUAAUAAUGAUCCCUUGUUAAGAAACGGUUCAAAUGGUAAAUAUUUUUAUGAAGUUAUUAUACCAGAAUUAGAAGAAGAUGUAGAAUUAUUUAUCGGUAGUAUUUAUGUCAUGAGGUAUAGUGUCAUAAAAAAUUUAUUAUUGGACGGGAAAGUAAUUCUAAUAUGA